ACAAAGGGUGAGAGGGGCGUGGGGAGGCUGGAGAGCAUCGCUGCCCCGCCUGGCCCGGCGACGCCCGCUCCGCAGCCUGCUGGGCAGUGAGGUCCAGGAGCACCCUAAACUUGGAGCUCGGGAUAUUUCCAGGCCACCCAAAUUGCCGUCCUACCCCAGCGAGGCAGAGAGGCGCGGAGUGCGCGCGCGAGCUGAGUGAGUGCUUACGUCGCAGCGAGAUCUGUGCUGGGAUAAUUAGAGAGGAGUUGGGCUGAGCCGAGUCCUCUUUUAGCAGCAGCAGCCGGAGCCGCCGCAGCAGCCCGGAGGGGCGCGCCUGACUCGGACCGCUCGAAAGAGCCCCCCGGAGAGGCCCGCGCGGCGCAGCAGCCGCCCCGCUGUGCCCACCGCCCGGCUGCUCCGGAGGGCGCACAAAGGCGGUGGCCGCCCGAGUGGCCUUCUCCACCCAGGCGUUCGGGUCCCGCUCCCCACCUUCUCUCCCGAAGGCAGAAAUGGCAGGGCCAGGCGAGGACCUGGGACAGCGGCGGCUCUAGCCCUGCGAUCCCCACCCCUGCUGCUGGGAGAGGCGGCGGGCUGCCCGCGGAGGAUGUGGCCGCGGCCGCUCCCGAGCGCAUCUUCGGCCUGGGUCCCCGCCGCCGCCCCUCUUCUCUGCUCCUUCCAUCCCGCCCGGAGGAGUUGAUGCCGCUGUCGCCGCCGCUGCCGCUGAAGCCGCGGCUGAUGGAUGCCUGGGAGUGUCGCAUUGCUUAGCGACCCCGCCUCCGGGUUUGCUGAUGAUCUCUCUCCGCCCUGGAGCUCAGCGCUGAAGAGCUACCUUAUUAUUAAUCACAAUUUCCAUCGCCACCCCUGGCAGGCGUAUCCUUCAGUAGGGACCGCAGGAACAUUCACAGUGCAGGGGCUGAGAUGUGCGUGGGGGUUGUUUUCGUUAUAUCUUGGAAGAGAAGAGAAGAGGACAGUACCAAGAUCGGAACCACCCGUGCCAGGUGGGAUUAGGGGUGAUUUGUUAGGAGAGGGAAAGGACAGGAAGAGGAGUGCGGAUCCCUUCAGGGGUUCCCAUCUCUUUAAAGGAAAGCGAAGAGGGAGCCAAACUGGGGUGUUGUAUUUUAGGGGGCGGGAGAAGAAGUUUACAUCCCCCCUCCCGGUAAAGCUGGGGGAAAGCAGGAGCAACAGGGCACUUGACUGGAUACCAAGACUAUUAAUUUCCUGUAGGGGAGAGGAAACAGGCAGCAGGAGGCCUGGGGGCUGGAGUGUGUGGUGGUAAAGGCUAGAUUUGCUUUGGGACAGUCAACUAGGGCUUCUGAGUGAAGGCUCUGGAACAGGCAGAAACAAUGACUCAUUUGCAAGCUGGACUCUCCCCUGAGACCCUGGAGAAAGCUCGCCUGGAGCUCAAUGAAAACCCAGACACGCUGCACCAGGACAUCCAGGAGGUGAGGGAUAUGGUCAUCACCAGGCCGGACAUCGGCUUUCUGCGCACGGAUGAUGCUUUUAUCUUACGCUUUUUGCGGGCUAGGAAGUUUCAUCACUUUGAGGCCUUCCGCCUCCUGGCGCAGUACUUUGAGUACCGGCAGCAGAACCUGGACAUGUUCAAAAGCUUCAAGGCCACCGACCCUGGGAUCAAGCAGGCACUGAAGGAUGGCUUCCCGGGCGGCCUGGCCAAUCUGGACCACUAUGGCAGGAAGAUUCUAGUCCUUUUUGCUGCCAAUUGGGAUCAGAGCAGGUACACACUGGUGGAUAUAUUGCGUGCCAUCUUACUUUCUUUAGAAGCCAUGAUUGAAGAUCCUGAGCUUCAAGUGAAUGGAUUUGUUUUGAUCAUAGACUGGAGUAACUUCACUUUCAAGCAAGCCUCUAAACUCACACCAAGUAUGCUGCGAUUAGCUAUUGAAGGCCUACAGGAUAGUUUCCCAGCGCGAUUUGGAGGAAUUCAUUUUGUUAAUCAACCAUGGUAUAUCCAUGCCCUGUACACCGUGAUCCGGCCUUUCCUGAAGGAGAAAACUCGGAAAAGGAUAUUUUUGCAUGGUAACAACCUGAACAGUCUACACCAACUAAUUCAUCCUGAGAUCCUGCCCUCUGAGUUUGGAGGAAUGCUGCCUCCUUAUGACAUGGGGACAUGGGCAAGAACGCUGCUAGACCAUGAGUAUGACGAUGACAGCGAAUACAAUGUAGACUCCUACAGCAUGCCUGUGAAGGAAGUAGACAAGGAACUCUCCCCCAAGUCCAUGAAGAGAUCCCAAUCAGUAGUGGAUCCUACAGUACUAAAACGCAUGGAUAAAAAUGAGGAAGAAAACAUGCAACCUUUGCUUUCUCUGGACUAAUAACUUCUCUACAUCCGCUUCACGGAUUAGAAAUUGAAAGUAUUGGUUUUCAGCAACAGGGACAGCACUGUGGAGGAAUUACCAGCUGGAAACUGACUUAUUCAUGUUAAUGUAGCAUAAUAUAUAAUAAGGCAUCAGGCUUUCCUUGGCCUGAACCAUGGGGGCCCUGAGCUGGAUUUUAAAAAUGUCAAUAAUUUAUUCUGUAAGUGCCAAGUUCUUUGUAAAUAUAAUGUAAUCUUCAUGUCAAGUUUGUAAAUUUCGCUAGUAACUCAGUUUGGAAAAAGGUUGGCUCAAAACUCCAUGCCAGUAAUAUGAACUAUAACAAAAAGCAGAAAAGACACAAUCAAAGCGAAUUAAAUGUAGCCCUCUUUCCUAUGAAGCCAUAUUUCAGCUAUCAUAGUGAUUGCUUCAUUGUUUUUCUCUGAAACUCUGUCAGUAUUCAAGCAUACUUUUAAUGGGCACACACAACUAAAUGAUUCUCGGAAAUUUCAUGAUUAAUGUAUUUCCUGUCUAGUGAUUUUCAUUUCAGAGAAAUGUGUCUUAGUAACUAUUAUUGGACUUGCAUUUUGGAGGCAAGGAAUGGCAGAUGAGCUGGUAAACUGAACACUUGAACUCUUCUAUGUUGUUUAAUUCCUGGAAUCUUGUGAAAAGAUGUGUUUCCUCAGUUAAGACAUAGAAUUGUAAGAGAGUGGAUUCUUUUUAAAUUGCUGUCUUCACAAUGUGACCUUUAUUCAAGACCCCAUUAUAUUUCUCUCUAAUGUACUCUAAGUACAUUUCUUCCCCCCAAAGCUCUUUGACCAAGAGACUGAGAACUUAUAUGUGAAUAGUGUUUUGACAGCUAAUUUUGAACAUAAAAUUUUCAGCUUACAGGUAAGGGGCUAAUUUCUAAUUGUUGUGCACUGGUUAAAACAUAUAUAUAUUAACACAUAUAUAUUUUUACUGAGCUCUAAUAAAUCCUUGAUGUAACAGGAUUAUAAAAUAAAUCAUAGAUAUUCAAUGAUCUUCAAGAUGUUAUAGAUAAUUACAUGAGAUAACUGGAAAACUAUUCCACUGAAGUUAAUGAAAAUGAGAAAUAGUGAAACUGAUUUUCAGUGUACCUAUUUAAGGGAAUUCCAAUUUAAUAUAUAAUGCAAUCUUAAAUAUGUGCCAUCUUAUUUGAACUAUAUUUUUCUUUCAAAGAAGCAACAGAUUUCAACAUAGCGUAGAGUAGCAUCAGGUGACAGCCAAUUUUAUUUUUCAAAUUUAAGUUAAUUAUCUUUGUGAUCCGAUUUGUCCACAAAUUUUUUCAGAAAAGGCUGAAAAAACACAUUUAGUCAGGAGACAUAAUGAAAUCAUCUGAAGACAUCUAAGACAGCAUGCAAUAGUUUAUACAUGGAUUUAGAAAUUUGCAUAUUUAAUGUUUUAUUUUAUAAAAUUCAUACAAUUACAGCAAAUUUUAUAAAACUUUUAUUCUAAAUUUCAAUGUGAAAAAAAGAUUUUUAUCACCCAUAAUAAAUUUUGAGAUUGAGAGUAUAUCUUUAAAAUAUUCUUUUGGAAGAAAAAUAUCUCCAGAAACUCUUGGAAACCAACAAAAAUAAAGGCAUGUGGCAGCCUUCACACUUUUGAGCCAAAAGCUUCCAAAAUUUCUUAGAAUUCUACAGCCAAAAAUUGUAAAAGCAAGCUAAGUACAUCAGUGUACAGUGUAUCAAUGGACGGCCUCCUGUGUGUAAAAGUACAUUAUUUAACACAAAUGAAAGACCUUAAUAAUGCCAACCUCCAGUCAUGUGCAGAAGAAUAAUGAGUGUCAGUUACUCUGCUCUCCUUGUUACUUUUACAGAGAUUGGGAUGCACUGGGUACAUGUCUGAGCAGUUCUUACCUUUGUGAGAAUUCUAACCAUUGAUAUUCUUAUAUUCUUGCCUACCUGACAUACAUUUUGUAGCCAUGGGCUUUAUAGACUAUAUAAACCUUAUGCAGUAUAAUCUAUUGGAAUAAAAUAGAAACAUUGUAAGUGCAGAGGGCAGAAAACAUUUUAUUCUCAUGAAUUUCUCUUGAUGUGUACCAUUUAUUGCCAGUUUUCAGAAUUCUGCCAGUUUCCAGAAUUCUGCCAGUUUCAGAUGUCAACCAGCAUUGGCAGCUUCUUUCUCCUAUCGUAAAAUUAGUAUCAUAUAUAAAAAUAACUAGAAAGGCAUAUUUUAUAUGUAUGCCUAUCUAAUUAUAAGUAUCAUUCACACUGUCUCCUGGACCCACAUUUGGAAAGUUUGCAUUGCAUUACUGCUCAUCUUUAAAUGAGCAAUUGAGAGUUGGCUAGAUUGUGUAAAAUAUUUUAAAAUGAAUGAACAAAUUACAAUGAUGAUGCCUUUUGAAAUUACCAUAUCUUGUUCACUCUGUGACUAAACUCAUUUUCUAGUAAUGUUUGUGAACCUCAGUCAAGGGAUAUUCAUUCAACUUUAUAAAUUUACCCCUCAGCACCAGGUAUCUAGCACUGUUUAGGACUGUUCCCCUUCAUGAUAUUCUGUGUCACAUAGCUAUGUCUAUUGUUCUGUAAUCUAUACCCUAUAGUUGUAUACUUAUAAGCAGUCCUAUAUCCUUUUAUUUUAAUUGCAAUAGUGUACCUCCACUCACUGCCUCUCUCUCACACACACACUCUUAUACACACACUAACUCACUAGACUGUUUGCUCUAAUUAAUUUGCAUCUGUACUUUGAGAGGGAUUUUAGUUGUCUUGUCACUUGAAAUCUGUGGGCUUCAAAGAAUUACCAUAUUUGACUUGGAAUAGGCCAGUAGUCCAUUUUUAUUUUCCUCUGCCUGUUCCAUCUUCUAUUUCUGGUAUCUUUUUUUUCUUCCAGUUAUUUCAGGGGCAGCUGCUUCCAAAGCUGGUUUAAAAAUAAAUAACAUCUCUUACCACGUUGUCAGUGACAUUUGCCUGCAUUUUUGACUACUAUUUAAGAAGGAAGAGAUUAUCAUGAAAAUAUACUCUAAGAAAUAUGAAGAAGUGCCUCUUUGAGAAUGGAAUAAAGCAGUGAUACUGGCAUAUGGAUUUUAUUUGUACUCUCUUCCAAAAAGUAAAUACAUAAAUCUAUAUUAUAAAGGUGAAAUAUUUGAAGGAUAUUUGAGGCCUUUAUUUGAGUAUUCUCAUACAGUAUUAGGUCUCUGUUGUGUAAGUAAAAUACACUUUAACACAUGUUAAUGAUAAACCUGGCACUAUGCUAAAACAAUGUACAAGUAUUAAACAGUUUUGCAAGCAAGUUUUUGAAGUGGGCAUGCAUGAUUUAUUUUAUUUCAGUAAUGGUUUGCAUAAGUAUAAACAGAGAUAUUUCCUAAGUUUUUCAUAUAGAAUACUUAUUUACUUUACAGUACCAGUAAUUCAUACAUUCAUAAGCAGGAAAGCCAAAAAUUCAUACAUUCAUACCUAGCUUCUUUUAAUAGUGUUAACAAGGUCAUAUUGUUAAAUGAGAAGUUUCUGUAAUAUACUCGAGGGAACAGAAGUCCUAUUGUACCAAGAAAUUGGAGAGUUGUUUUAGAUGUUGGGGAAUAUAUUUAUGACUCUUUACAAAAAGAAACCUUCAGAGCCAUAGAGUAUGUCUUCAGGGAUAGGCUUCCUUUGCUUCUAUAAUGUAAAGGUUUAUGGACACGUCUGUUGUCCUUUAAAGAAGUUACAUUAAGAAAGCUUGCUGAGAGACUGUACACUCUUCUGUUGUUUUAUUUAAAGGUCUGCCUUGUGUGGUUAGUGAAUAACAUCUCAGCUUCUUUGUGUAUAUUCAUUAAUGAUUACAUGAAAAGUUGCCAUCAGCCAUGAAGACACUUCAGAAAGAUUUUCAACACACAAAAUAAAAUGAGCAGAGCUCUAGCAUGAUAUUUGAACUUUCAGAUUUGGUAUAUGUACAUUUUUUUACAACAAUAAGCUCAUAGGCAUAUAUUCCAUUUUAGAUCUGCUAUAUAAAUACAUAGCCUGAAACAUAGUAAUGUGUUUGAAAUUUGUGAGGUCACUAAUCAUACAAGAGGCAGAUUAUAAACCAAUGUAUUGAAACAAAAGAAGGUUGGUUAAAUAUGCAAGGUGUAUAAUUAUCUUCAGUAAUUAAAAGGGUUUGUUUUCUUGUUUUUGGUCUUUUGUUUUAGUUGAAAAAAAUAGCUUCCCAUAUGCUACUGAAACUAUUUGACAUUAUUUACUACAUGAAAGGGAAAAAUAAGUAAAAAUACAAAAGAAGUUUGGCUUUGUAACAUUAUUAUAUUAUGAUGUUAAUGGCUUAGAGAACAUAGUCAUAUAAUCUUUUUUAAGAAUUAAAGUUUUUAUUUUAUAAAUAUUUAGAGGCUAACCUCAGACAUGAAAAUAGUGCUGUGGAUUCUAUUAUGUACUAAAUAUGGGAAUGAAUUCCCUGGGACUAUAGAAAAAAAUAUGAAAUAACAACUUUGUGGAUUGAAACACUCAAGUUAGACCUUUUUCAAAGAAGGAGGAGUGCAAGUGAUACUAUUGAAAUAAAAUUUUAGAAAUCGAUUAAUUAUAGGACUUAAAUACAAUCAAUACAGCCAUGGUAAAUAGUGGAAAUUGUUAAAAUUUAGAAGGUGUUUUGUCAGUGUUUGACUUAGUUUCAAGUCUCAAUGCAAAUACUUCUGUCCUUGAUAAUAUCAGUGAAUUUAUUCUGUAAGAUUUGUUUUUUCCUAGUGAAUGAGAUGGCCCUGGGUGAAAAUCAAAAUAAAUUUUAACAACAGCUUUAAGAGUCAGCCAAUCCUCAGCUACUUAAAAAAAAUUGCAAUGAACUUUAAUUCAUUUACAUUUAACAGAGAUUCAAAUCAUUGUCUUGUUUCUAAUCCUAUUUUUCAGAUUUUUGCAUUUGCUUAAGUGAUAAGUAAAACUCAGAAAACCAAAUAGUUUUUGUUUUCAAAGCUUUUCAGGAAAAAUAAAAGAUGUCUAGAGGAAAAAUACAAGUCCUUGAAGAAUACUGAGCACAUUAUUUGCUAUUUUGCUCCAAUGUUAUUAAUUUUUACUACUACAUACUAUUUGUUUAGUACUACACAAAAUUUGGCCUUUUGAAGGAGUUAUAAUUUCCAAUAAGUAUAGUAUAAUUUUUGGAUAGGUAUACAUUUCUGUUUAAGAGAAAUGUAUACUUUAAUUUUGUAUAUUUUAUAUUUUAAAUGUAUACAUUUAUUUUGCAUAUGGUUGAUGUUGAAUUUGGUAGUCCCAGAUCUGCUGCAUCUAUAAAAUGGAGAUGUCUUUAAAAGGUUCUCUAAAAAUUAACAAUAUUUUUAUUUUGAGAGAACUUGUGCAUAGCUAUUUAAGUUAGGAUUCCUCCAAUUUUGUGAUAUUUGUAUGUGUGGGGAUCAAAGAGGAAAAUAUACAGUAGUUGUUUAAUCAAAAUGACAUUCUGUAUUCUAUAACUCCUAGUCAAACUUUCAAAGGAAAGUUGGAAAGAAGUAAGCUAACAUUUUAAUUACAUAUAGCAAUAAAAUGAUCAGUAAAUAAAAUAACUAGUGUUUUCACAUUUACACAUAAAAUGGAUUAGACAAGAGAUUAAAUUUAGAAAUUUGAAUUACAGGAAAGCAUUGGUUUAAAUAGAUCCUCAAAAAAAUAAUCCCAGGUCAAAAUGUGUUGUGAAAUUAAAAAAAAGAAUUCAGCCUGAUUUGAGAAAGAAUGCUUAUUCACUAAAUAUACAUUUGUGUCUUCGGUAAGUUUUUCUCAUUUAUCCUAUCUGUGGAUGAAAAGUUAUCUAAUAAGGUAAAAGAGACUCAAUUACAUUUACCCAGAACCAUCUGUAAGUAGACUUCAUUAAUUUCUUUGGCCCAAACUCAGAGGAUUUUCUUUACACAGGAUCCUUGAGGUUAUCCAGAAUCAUUAUUGGUGCUCCCUCCUAAAGGCAGGCCAGGAGAACCAUGAUUCCAACAGUAGUAUCCACGGUGGGAAUGAACCCAGGCAACCAAAAAACACAGGAAAAGCCAUUGUUUUCACUCUGGUUGCCAAAAAGUGUGUUCCUUCUUCAGGAUGACCGAGGAGAAAAUAUUUUUAAUUAUAAGCAGAAAGCUAUUUCAAAAUGUCAAGAGUUUCUAAUAUCAACGGUUAAAUACUUGACAAGUGAAAAGAGGUCAUGGGGAAGUGAUGGUCAAAUCUCUGUUGUGAAGCGAGCUUCCACACAGCAACAUCAUCAAAAACUCGUGCCUCUGAGGAUUACUUGUUUCUCUAAAAAUAAAAUUAAAUAUGCUGU